ACAGAACAGUGAAACGGGAAGCUUAUGUCAACUGCACGUUACGUUCGUUCCUCACCUUCGUCGCAUUUCCCCGCAGCUUAACGUUGACAUAAGACCUGGUCGUCCCUGAAAAGCGCAAUGGGGUGCUUCUAUUCGAAGAAAUCCAAAAGAAAGUCCAGAGAAAAGGAUGGUGCAACACCGACAGCCACGGACGAGACCAACGCGGUUCCCCUUGGCAACAACAUCGACGAAGCACCGAAGCAGUACAGCUGGGAUAAGAGAGAAAAGGUGGACCCUAAGGACUACAUGCUGACGGGGCUCAAAGACGUCACAGUGGGCCGUCUUCCUGGGAAACUGAACGGGCAGCAGUUUGUCAUCCAGGAGUGUGUCAACUGCAACAUCUACGUGUUUGACCACUCUGCAACCAUCACCAUCGACGACUGUGUCAACUGCCGCCUCGUUCUGGGCCCCGUGAAGGGGAGUGUGUUUUUCAGAGACUGUAAAGACAUCAAGUGCGUGGUGGCCUGCCAGCAGUUCCGCACGCGGGACUGCACAAAGAUGGAUGUGUUCCUGUGCUGCGCCACCCAGCCCAUCAUCGAGUCGUCCACGGGGAUGAAGUUCGGCUGCUUCCAGUACUUCUACCCCGAGCUGGCCUUCCACUUCAAGGACGCCGGCCUGAGCAUAUUCAACAACAACUGGAGCAACAUCCACGACUUCACGCCGCUGUCGGGAGAGAACAACUGGGGCUUGCUGCCAGAGGACUCGCUGGUUCUGGACUUCGUUCCCACGCCCGACCCCGAGUCGGAGUUCAAGUCCGUCCGGAUCUCCGCCGAGCCGUCGCGGAGCAUCGUGCCUUUGACGAAGGGAGGGAGGCGCAAGGACAGUGAGGAGUCCUGCCUCUUCGUCUUCUUCGCCGGGGAAUACGCCACUGCGAACGCUCGGAAGCUGAUCGACGAGGCCACCGCCAAAGGUUUUGUUCUGAUCCAGACCAAAGAGGUGUCCAUGAGGCCUGAAGAUGUGAAGAGAGUGUUCCAGAACAGCGCAGAUGAUCUCGUGGAAUGGGUCGCCAAAGGUCCCGUCAUCGCCCUCGAGCUGAACGGCGACGGAGUCAUUGAAGCCUGCAAGAACAUCGCCAGUGAAGUUUUCAGUGGCACCAAGGUUUUUGUCUCCAACGACAAAAACACGUCCUCUCAAGACGUCGACAGCUUCUUCAACUUUGCCGACAUGCAGAUGGGAUUAUAAAUGUUUUCUAACUGCCUGAACUGAUUAGCUCAGUCUGAAUACGACUCCUGAUGAUUUCCAGAGCACAUAAAAAGAUCAUUUGAUAAUGCCUUUAAUCAAACAAUCACAAGUCUGUGCAYGCUCUUAUUCUGAAAAAACAAAAUGGCUGUAAACCACUGAAACGUUAGUCGCAAAACGUGCUGUGAAUAUUGAUUUUGAACAAUUUUGUUGCGUUUAGCUCCUGUGAAUGUUGAUUUUUGUUGUAAAUUAUUGUUUUGUUCAAAGCUAGUAGUUGAAACAAGCACAAAAACGCCUGAGAAAUUAUUUUCUAGUUCUUGUUUUUCUUCACAGACUUCCCUGUGCUUGUGAUUUAGAUGAUAGACAUUUUGUUUGGAUUAUGUAAACUUGAAACAUGCUGUAUGAUUCUUUUUUUAUGUAUUUAUUAGGCCAAAAUCAUGUAGUGAAAGACUGAGUAUAUCAUUUCUGCCAAACUGUGUAAAGAUGUGGAACAUACAGGUGCUGGUCAUAAAAUUAGAAUAUCAUGAAAAAGUAGAUUUAUUUCAGUAAUUC